AUGUGGUUUUUCUUCAUACUGUUACUGAUCGGUCAUGUUGGGAUACAAGCAAUGCCGACGGAACCUCCCCUCACAGCAACAAAAGAAGAGCUGCAUUGGUUCAAACAAAUAAUAAACGUGAUUCGAAACAAUACGUUGACGAAACAGCAGAAGAUGGAAAUGAUAAGGGCAAUGCCAAGUAAUCAAACAUCAGCGGAAAAGGAUAACGAUAUGGAAGAUAUAUCGAAAACUAUUGACCUCUUCCAAUGGUUUUCGGUAGAAAAGCAGAACACUACUGAGUCGGUCAAAAAUAUUUUCGAAAAACUCGCUGAGAUGAUGUUCGAAACAGAUUUCCUUAGCAAAACAUCAACUGAGCAAGCAGAGGAUCUUCAAUCCAUGUCCAAACUUGGGGAGAAGCUCACUGGAUCAGACGCGAACGUGCUUUUGGAUCUGCUGAACAGAUUCGAGAAAAAAAUCGACGAGUUGGGGCUGGACAGCACUCCGUUCUUAAAGACAGCGAAAUAG